GCAUAAUUAAAUUAAGCAAAAAAGGGGGAAUAAUAUGAAAAUGAAAAAGUCAAAUGAUAGAGAUCCAUAUGAAUACCAAACCCUAAGAGAUUUCACGUUUCCACCAAACUAAAGCUACCUGGUUCCAUUUAAUCUCUGAUUGAAUAAACGAGAAAAAACGAUCCGGCUUUUCAGUCAAAGUUUCGAUUUAUAGGCGUUUUUCUUUAACUUGUUUUUUUGUUUUUUGUAAUUUUGAUUGGAGAUAAUAGUGAUGGCUUAUGCAUCUCACAUCAUCAAUAACUCUAAGAAGUUAAGAAAUGUUGCCGGUUUACUGCAGCAUGAACAUGCUGUUCUGGCCCGUUGUUUUUCAAUCGAUGCUGUCAGUAGAAGAGAUGAUCUUUUAAAGCUUCGCUGUCAUGGCUAUGUUCCUGUGGAGAGGGAAAGGGUCUUUAAUUCAGCCAUCAAUAGCACCGUAUCAUCAUUUGGUGUAUUGAGGAAAAAUCUUUCAACAACAACAAGAAUAACAGGAAAUACAGUGGUUGGAUCGUUAUCAAAUAAGGCAUUUGCGUGUUCACAGGUACACUCAAGGAGAGGGUUUGCAUCUGAUUCAGGUCUUCCUCCACACCAAGAAAUUGGGAUGCCCUCUCUCUCACCUACUAUGACAGAGGGAAAUAUUGCUAGGUGGUUGAAGAAAGAAGGUGAUAAAAUUUCUCCUGGUGAAGUUCUAUGUGAAGUUGAAACUGAUAAAGCAACAGUUGAGAUGGAAUGCAUGGAGGAAGGUUAUCUUGCCAAGAUUUUAAAGGGAGAUGGGUCCAAGGAAAUUAAAGUUGGUGAGGUAAUUGCUAUUACUGUCGAGGAUGAGGAGGACAUUGGCAAGUUUGAAAAUUACAGUCCCUCAGCAUCAGAUGCUGGUGCUGCUGCUCCUAAAGAGCCUUCUCCUCCUCCACCAAAGCAGGAGGCAGUUGAAAAACCAGUCAGUUCACCUGAGUCUAAGAUUUCCAAACCCAGUGCAGCUCCUACUGGAGAUCGUAUUUUUGCCAGUCCUCUUGCAAGAAAAUUGGCUGAAGAUAACAAUGUUCCCCUUUCAAGUAUCAAGGGCACUGGUCCUGAUGGCAGCAUUGUAAAGGCUGAUAUUGAAGAGUAUUUGGCUACUCGUGGUAAAGAAGUUUCAGCUAAAGCUCCUAAGACUAAGGAUGUGACAGCUGCAGAUUUGGACUAUGUUGACAUUCCUCAUUCUCAAAUAAGAAAGGUUACAGCUUCACGCUUAUUGUUCUCAAAGCAAACUAUCCCACAUUAUUACUUAACAGUAGAUGCAUGUGUUGACAAACUUAUGUGUUUGCGGAGUCAAUUGAAUUCCAUACAAGAGGCAUCUGGUGGGAAACGAAUAUCUGUCAAUGAUCUCGUGAUUAAGGCUGCAGCCUUGGCUCUUCGGAAAGUUCCUCGGUGCAACAGUUCAUGGACUGAUGAAUAUAUCCGCCAGUACAACAAUGUGAAUAUCAAUGUAGCUGUGCAGACUGAUAAUGGGCUCUAUGUCCCUGUUGUCAGGGAUGCGGACAAGAAAGGCUUAUCCACAAUCUCUGAAGAGGUCAAACAGUUGGCCCAAAAAGCCAAAGAGAACAGUUUAAAGCCAGAAGAUUAUGAGGGAGGCACAUUCACAGUAUCCAAUUUGGGAGGACCCUUUGGCAUCAAACAAUUUUGUGCCAUCAUUAAUCCUCCUCAAUCUGGCAUUCUUGCAGUUGGAUCUGCCGAGAAAAGAGUUGUUCCUGGUGUAGGCCCUGAUGAAUACAAAUUUGCAUCAUUUAUGUCUGUAACACUAAGCUGUGAUCAUCGUGUGAUAGAUGGAGCAAUUGGUGCAGAAUGGCUAAAAGCAUUCAAAGGAUACAUUGAGAAUCCAGAGACAAUGUUGCUCUAAAUGAAGCUUUCCUUUUUACAUUUAUCUCCAGUUUUAUAAAUUCAAAUGCUCUUCCCUCUUCGGAUCAGUUUAGAUGAGGAGGCUUUUGAGUUCAUCCCCAGUAGUUUGGGAGGAGGUUCAGUUUGACUUGAUUUUACCACUGUGGAAGGCAUAGUGUUUUCUCACUAAAGAAAGUUGGAAUGAUUUUUUUCAGAAUAAAGCAAGGGGAUAGAGGCAUGAAACCAUAAACAAGAUUUUCAGAGUGUAAUUUAUCCCUUUGAUGUGGAUGGUAAUAAAUAAAUCUGGGUUUGAUUUUGCCA